AUGUAUUCACCCACGCGCGUGACUGCGUUCCCUAGCAUUCCCACGAUCGCCAACCAGAUUCCUCAACAUAGGGGGCAAUCGCUAGCGAAUUAUGCGUCUGGUGGAACUCUUGGCUUCGUUCCACAACAGGAUUCCAGCCAAGGCGAGAUGUCAAGGGCCACUGCCAAUAUGAUAUCUGGUGGAGGACUACCUGGUGGAGGAUCACUUGGUGGAGGACCGACUUCAAUGCCGAUACCAAACGGUAUCAAUUCAACAGCCAUGAAUCCCGUUACCAUUAAUAACGCGAGUCCUUACAUACGUGGAUUUGGUGGUUAUGGCAGCACGAAUAGUGGGACGUUGAACACGUGUGGAAGCGCAAGUUCUGCACCCGGUUAUACGUCCCAGCUAAUUGCGCCUCAGCAACUCCCGGAACGCGGCAGCCGGCGAAAUGGUCCGGUUGCCUUUUCACCUGACUCUCUACCUAUCCCAUGCGCCUAUAUCAAGUUACCCUGGCCCCUGUCAAGGAAGAUAGCACGUUUACUGCCACCCAAGGAAAUUCCCACCGGUCCUACUGAUAUACAUCGCCAGUAUAUUAAGCGUAUGAUAGUUGAAGAAGUUUGUGUAGAUCCCGCAGCCUUUUUGCUGCGAUAUUGCCAUUACAGCGAUGCCUCAAGUCCUCUGGAGACUAGACUAGAGUCCGACUCUCGGCUUAAUAUAUUUCACUACUGCCGAGAAAUCUUUCCCAGCAUACAAGUCAUGUCUCUGCAGCACCAGGGAGCGGAAUUUGACGGUUCUGACGGCGACACUCUUGGUAGCACACGCGUGUGCGUCAUAAAUCAAAAUUCGAUCAACGACCGGAUUUUUACUGUGCAUCAUUUGAUUGAAAGCUGGAGACGAUUACCGGUUGAGUACGAGCUGUGGGAGAGUCUAUGGGUCUCGCAGAUAGUCCCGAAAGUAGUUGAAUAUUUUCAAUGUGGCCAUACGGUUCCCACUCACCUGGCAAUAUUAUUGGACUGCAGUGUUCACAACAGGGACUGGCAGCCGCAUUGUAUGAGGCUUGUUUCUCAUAUGAUUGCCCAGAUUGUUUCCGUGGCGCACUCGUGCAUUCCGAUGUAUUUGAGACCGAAUCAAGACGCGUUGGGUUUUGCCUCCUUCCAGAUCGUGGUUAUGCCGCCCACGAGGUUUAACGAAGCGGUUGCUCAGUUGCGCAUACGGAACGAUUUGGAGCGAGCAGGCGACUGCUAUCUUUUGCCGGCCAGCGGAGGCAAGCAGGCUGAGGGUGCAAUUUCGAGCGUCGCGAACGGAAGUGCGGCGCUGGGCUAUAAUCCCGGAUACGAUGCGUCUGGACGUAGUGCGCCUGGGUACAAUGCCUCUGGAGAACACUACGAUGACGGUACCGUGAUCACCCACCACUCUCAAAAGAUUGUCAGCGGAACAAGCAAGUCCCAUAAACAUCCCUUUUGCGGCUUCAACAGCGCGUCCACGACCUCGGAGACCGCGCCCCCUAACAAAGGCAAGAAGCUCCUCCCAUUCUGA